CAGAGACACUGACAACAUUUUGCAAAAUUUAUAUCAUCGUUUAUCUGUUCAUCAAUUUAUCUUUAUUAUAAUUAAGUGUUUUAUUUGGAUCAUUUCUAACCAAUUGUUUGUUUGACAUUCUUAUCUCAACUUCCCAGCUUCAUUUAAAAUCUGAUGGUAUAAGUUAUAUUUUGUUAACUUGAUUAUUUGUUUCCAGUGUUUCAUAUGGCAACUCAACCCGAAACACCUUUGGAUUUAACAAACGAACCUCUCAUCAUUCGUCGCACAAGCAAGAAAAAAUAUAAUUUGUUCAAAGCUUCAGCUUCAGUAGAUUCUAAGCCAAAUGGUAAUCAUGAAGAGGAGAUGAGCGCAAAAGAUAAAGUAAAUGAUUCUGUGGAUAAUCAUGAGCCGCCGCAGCAGGAACCAUCUGAUAUAAACAAGCAGCCAAUCAAACAAGAACGAGAUGGAGAGAAGCAACAAACCUCUACUGAAGAGCCUGAAAAAGUCAUUGAAAAUAAUGUGAAAACAAUCGAUGAAACCGCAAUUAAUAAAGAUGAGAAAAUUGGGAAAAAAGGUCGAAAAAGAAAAUCUGAAGUUGCUCAAUUGGUUGAAAAUGAGGCUGCAUCACCAAAUCCCUUACAAAGAACUAGACAUGGUCUCAGACCUUUACCUCAACAAGUUGACUAUUAUCAGUCUGUCCUGGAGGAACGAAAAGCCAAAAGUGUCAAAGACAAGAAAACAAGUGAACCUGAACCUGAAGAAACUACUGUAGACGAAGAAGUUAUCCCAGUCAAAACACGUAGAUCUAGCGUACAAACUCGUAACAAAACUUCCAAAGACGAUAAAACUGACGAUAUAUUAUCUAAAGAACAUUUUUCGAUCGGAGAUAUUGUCUGGGGUACUCUUCCUACUUUCAGGACAUGGUUUCCUGCUCUACUCGUUUCACAUUUGCACUGUGGACAAAAACCUCCAAAAAGUGGCCAUGUUUGGGUAUAUUGGUUUGGAGAUCACCAAGUCUCUGAAAUUCCUCGAUCCAAGAUCAAAUCAUUUUUACCUCAUUUUGAUGAAUUGAGCAAAGGUACAUCUUCUUUGACAAGCCCACGGAUGAAAGAGGCAUUACAAGUCUUAUCUUCUCGUGCUGGUCUAACCUUUGCUGUUGAUAUGAGCAGUGAUGAUGAUCCUAUGGCUGAAUGGGCUAGAAAUGGAUUCAAAAUACCUGCAGAAAAACAGAAACCAGACGUUAAUCCGUUCGCAGCUGAUCCAGCCAACCCAAUACCUCCUCUAGUAGCCUGCUAUUUACCUGUAGAGGCUUUACAAGAAGCACUUAAAACCGACGAUCGUUUACAGCAAAUCGCUUUCUAUGAAGUUGAAAGUGCUGAAACUGUCGUUGAAAAAGAUGAACCAUUACAAAUUCCAGAAUUCAAAUCAUCUCAAGUAUCGAGAAUCAAGAAGAAAGAAAUUACCAUAAAUGAUAUUUGUAUUGCCUGCUGCUGUGAUCAUAAUUCAGCAGCUGAUACAAUUAAUGGACAGAAAAUAUUUCAUCCAUUAUUUGAAGGACUUCUAUGUAAACAAUGCCGAGAAACGAUAAAAACUACCAUGUAUGCCCCUGGAGCGGACAACAAAAAUUCUUUCUGUGCAAUCUGUGGACAAGUUGGCAAAUUAGCAGUUUGUGAAGGGGUCAAGUGCCAUCGGGUUUUUUGUUUUGUUUGUAUUAACCUUUUCGUUGGACCUGAAGCUGAAACUGAGAUUCUAAAUGCCAAAAGCUGGGAAUGUUUCUUGUGCAAAGAAUAUAAUUUUCCACCUGAAAGCUUGCUUAAGCCUCGUUCUAAUUGGCGAGAACUUGUCAAAAACAUGUUCGAUCCUCUUCUCUUUUAUUUACAAAGAGAAAUUACAACCACCAAUAAAACACCUCUCAGAAUUUUAUCACUAUGUGAUGGUUUGAGUGCUGUAAAAAACGCUUUGAAUAAAUUGAAUUUGAAUAUAUCAGCAUAUUAUGCUGUUGAACAAGAUAAAGAUGCAAUAUCCGUCGUGAAGCACAACCACUCAGACUCAAUCGUCUUUUUGGACAAUAUAGAGUCCUUAACACCAGAAAAAAUAGCGACAAUUGCACCCAUCGAUCUGAUUAUCGGAGGUACUCCAUGUGUCGAUAUACCCACAUCUAGUUAUAAUCGAAAAGGUUUAUUCGAUUUGAAACUUGGUGGACAACACUUUUUGCUUUUUAAUCAUAUUCUUGAUCUGAUUCGCCAUUUCAACAAAGGCAGACAUGUAUUUUUCCUCUUUGAUAGCGUCGCUUCUUUACCGAACACAAACAGAGAUAUAAUUUCUGAUCUUCUCAUGUGCAAGCCUGUUACAUUGAGUGCAAAAAAUGUAUCAACGCCAUCGAGAAGCCGUUAUUUGUGGUCAAACAUUCCAGGAAUCAACAGGCCACUACAUUCAGACAUACAUGAUAAUUAUCUUAAACUUUCUGACUUAAUUGCGUAUCGUAAAACACAUCAUGAUUUGCAAAGUGCUGGAAAAGGUAAAGAUGAAAUUCCAGCUGAAUUGGAUGAUCCAGUUGAACUAGAGAAACUCCUUGGCUUUUCAGAGGGCUACUCUGAUGUUCCAAAUUUAACGAUAACAAAACGGAUUUCUGUGUUAUCUAAAACUUGGUCAGUUCCUAUCGUAAGCCAUCAACUUUGGGCUUUGGUUGAUUUUUUCGAGACAAAGUGAAAUUACUCACUUUAACCAAUUUUUCGACCCCAUUACAUGUUUGCGGGUAAACAACAAUCCAAACUUGAUAUUCCUCUUCAUUCACAUAAUUCUGAUCUUUGAUCGUGAACUUUCUUGUCAUCAUAUUAUGGCUCACUUUGCAUGGUUCAUCACCUGAUUACUCUUAAAACGAUUGAAACAGAAAUUUAUACGCAUCCAUCCUUUAACGACUCCAGUAGAUGAUUGUUAUGGCGCAUUUGCAUUUUCAAACUCAACUUCUCAACUUUCAACAAAUACAAGUGGAAAAAUACGAAAUCAAAUUGUAUUCUAUUCGAUGCUCUUAACCAAUUUAAUAUUCUUUAUUAUAAAGGGUGUAUUGUUUAAGAGUGAAAUUAUGUGAGCAAAAGAGUAAAAUUUACUUAUCUGACUGUGGUGAUUAUGACGAUAAAUAUGUUGAUAAGAUGAAGAUAAACGUGAAAAUGGACAAUGAUGAAAAAUGCAUCAUAUUUAUCAACAUCUUUAUCAUCAUAAUCACCACAAUCAGGUAAAUAAAUGUUGCUCUGUUUGCUCCCAUAAUUUCACUCUUAAACAAUACACCCUUUAAUACCAUCAUCAUCACAACCAUCAUCAUCCUUAUUUACCCGAUGUGACAAAAUCAGACGAUAAAAGUAGACAAAGUGAAUGGAUAUUUGCACAACAAUUUAGACCAACUUUAGAUUUAGAAAAUGAAAGGAUAAACUCUUGUAAUAUUAAUGUUAAUUCAACAUUCAAAUCAUCUUAAAUUUUCUUCUUUUAAUCCUGUAUCUUUUACCUUUAGUUUGAAUUUUCAAACUUGAAAAAAACAAAUUGUUCCUCCUUGUUUUAUAUUGUACUCAGCAUUGAUCGCCUCUUUUACGCAUGAGUUUUUUGAGAAAAAAAAACUUGUUGAUAAAUAGUUCAGGAUAAACUGAUUGGAAAAGUAAAUUUUUUGAAUUUAGCUUUUCCUCUUUACCCUUCUUUCAUAUUGCCAGCCAUCAAAUCAUAAUCAAUUUUACUCAUUAUUGUUCAUUGAUAUUCAUCUUCAAUCCUAUCUUUAACAAAACCAUUUCAAGUCAAUACGAGCUGAAAGUGAAAAUUAUCAACAAUUAUGAAAUGAUAAAAGGUAACAUCAGUCAUCUUGUUUCCUUUG